GGUAGAGCAUAUGCAGCAAUUAAGCAGACCGAAAUGGCUGAGAAUGCAAUUCAUGUAGUGAUGCUUCCAUGGUCGGCCUUUGGCCACUUAAUACCAUUUUUCAAACUUUCCAUAGCCUUAGCCAAAGCUGGUGUUCAUGUCUCCUUUAUAUCCACUCCCAAAAACAUUCAAAGGCUUCCCAAAAUUCCUUCAAAUUUAGCUCAUUUGGUUGAUUUGGUGCAAUUUCCUUUGCCAUCAUUAGACAAAGAGCACUUGCCAGAAGGUGCUGAGGCCACUGUAGACAUUCCAUCUGAAAAAAUUGAGUACUUAAAGUUGGCAUAUGAUAAAUUGCAACAUGCUGUCAAACAAUUUGUGGCCAAUCAGUUGCCAAAUUGGAUAAUUUGUGAUUUUAGUCCUCACUGGAUAGUAGACAUUGUUCAUGAGUUUCAGGUAAAGUUGAUCUUCUAUAAUGUUUUAUCUGCUCCUGCAUUAACAGUUUGGGGACCACCAGGUACAAGGAAAACUCCCUUGUCUCCAGAAAGUUUAACAGCACCACCAGAAUGGGUGACAUUUCCAUCUUCAGUGGCUUAUCGAAUACACGAGGCAAUAGCGCUUUGUGCCGGUGCCAACCCGGUAAAUGCUUCUGGGGUAAGUGAUUUUGAAAGGCUUCACAAGGUAUUUAAUGCCUCUGAAGCUGUAAUUUUUCGUAGCUGCUACGAGAUUGAAGGAGAAUAUCUCAAUGCAUACCAGAAGCUAGUUGGGAAGCCUGUGAUUCCUAUAGGUUUAUUGCCUGCAGAUAGUGAAGAAAGAGGGAGAGAAAUUAUUGAUGGGAGAACUAGUGGUAAGAUAUUUGAGUGGCUUGAUGAGCAAGCAUCAAAAUCUGUUGUAUUUGUGGGGUUUGGCAGUGAGUUGAAGCUGAACAAGGAUCAAGUUUUUGAGAUAGCUUAUGGAAUUGAGGAGUAUGAAUUGCCAUUUAUAUGGGCACUCAGAAAACCAAGUUGGGCAAUCAAUGAUGAAGAUUUUCUACCUUUUGGUUUUAUUGAAAGGACAUCUAACAGAGGAGUUGUUUGUAUGGGGUGGAUACCACAGCAAGAAAUAUUGGCACAUCCAUCUAUUGGAGGGUCUUUGUUUCACUCUGGUUGGGGUUCUGUCAUUGAAACCCUACAAUUUGGUCAUAUCCUAGUUGUAUUACCCUUCAUUAUAGAUCAACCUCUUAAUGCAAGGUUUUUGGUUGAAAAGGGUCUAGCCAUUGAAGUGAAAAGGAAUGAAGAUGGAUCAUUCACUAGAAAUGACAUUGCCACAUCCCUUAGACAAGCUAUGGUAUUGGAGGAAGGUAAGAAGAUCAGAAUUAAUACAGGAGAAGCUGCUGCAAUUGUAGGAAACUUGAAGCUGCACCAAGAUCAUUACAUUGCUGAAUUUGUUCAGUUUCUUAAGAAUGGAAUCCGGAAAGUGGAAACAGAUGUGUAGUACGUUGACAAGUUCGCAAAAGUAAUUUGGGUUGGAUUGAUGACUGUCACUUGGUUUUUAUGUACCAUUUCUUGGUUGUAAUUUGCGUUUGAAUAAAAUCCUAUUCUUUAGGGACGUGUGCAUAUAAGUUUUCUUAUCAAUAAGUCACCACUUAGUAGGCCAUGUAAAACGUGGCUUGUAGAUUAUAAAGCCAACACUUGUUAAUUUUUUAAUUCAAUAAGACAUUUUCUCUGAAAAAUUCGUGUA